CGUCUUUUCAUGCCCAUGCGGCAGUAAUGUUUCCUUUGCAGUUAAUAUUGCAGCACCAUGGCUGUUGCUGCACUGAAGAGUGGUGUUGAGAUUCUAUCUUCCAGCUUCUCAUAUCUCGUGUUCUCAUAGGGAGUGUAUCCAUGUCAACAAGUUUCACGAAACAAGCCUCCAAAUUGCGUCAUUUCGCUCCUGUGUAGCUCACCGCACAAAGGAACCCUGGGUUCCAUCAACUCGUAGACAAUUCACUCACAAUCGUGUCGUCCGCUUCCACAUACCUCUGGACAGAUAGAUGCUCAGAUAUGUGUAGAUUUCUGGUCUAUAAAGGCAAAGACGAGAUCCUCCUCUCGAAACUGAUUUUAGACCCAACCCACUCGAUACUCACGCAGUCCUACGACUCACGCCUGCGGCUCGACUAUCGUCGGCCUCACAACGGCGAUGGCUUCGGGGUCGGAUACUAUACAGACCCCGCUCUAGGCCCGGAACCUUGCAUCUUCACUUCGACGAUCCCUGCGUGGAACUGUAUCAAUCUUGAACGACUUGCUGCGAAGACCGCCUCAAAUCUGAUCUUCGCGCAUGUCCGUGCCACAACCGAAGGCAAUUUGUCGGACAGCAAUUGCCAUCCUUUCCGGCAUGGAUCUCUUAUGUGGAUGCAUAAUGGCGGUAUAGGAGCAUGGAAACAUGUCAAGAGAAGACUAGCGAUGAGCGUAAAAGACGAGUGGUUCAUGGGUGUUCAAGGAAGUACAGACAGCGAGUGGGCAUUCGCGCUGUUUCUGGAUAGUAUGGACAGGAUGGGACACAGCCCAAACACAGAGCUAGGAGAGAACGGCUUCGGACAUAGUGUACUGCGGAAAGCCAUGCUGAAAACCAUCGAGCGUAUCAACAAGCUUAUCGCAGAGAUUCCUGAAGAUCAGCGCCCGGAGGACACGAGGAGUCUUCUCAACUUUGCAGUCACGGACGGCGCAUGCGUGGUAUGCACGCGCUAUGUGAGCUCCAAGACUGAUGAGCCUGCCUCGUUAUUCUUCUCCUCUGGCACAUCGUGGUCUCCCGUACCAAAGUCAACUGAUCAAGAAGCUCAAGUGAAGAACGACGAUGCAAACCGUGCACAAAUUCAUCCUCGAAGCCAGCCGGCCACAUAUGGCCAGACAUCCUAUCGCAUGUCUCGCCUGGAUCGUGGUGCUGAUAUCGUUCUGGUUGCGUCUGAGCCGCUUACAUUCGAGCGCGAUAAUUGGGUGACCGUCCCUACGAAUUCUAUCUUGACUAUUUCUGGACAGACAGUGAUGAUCCAUCCUAUAAGGGAUGAAUUCUGGAGUGAGAACCCAGCUGUGGAACGAAGCAUGGAAUUCGCCGAGACCAAAGGGCAAGCGGUCGGCGCGAAGGGGGCUACAGGUAUCGAGAAGGGAACAAAAGUACCAGACAGGGCUAGGCUUGAAGUGGGCUGCGGAGCAUGAGGUCUUUCUGCCAGAAAGAUGGGAUUACGUGCUGGAGUAUGGGCGUCAGAUCUUAUUACAUCACGAAAGAUCACGGAAGUCUGCUUCUCAGCGUCUGGGUAUGCAAUUGAACUAACAUAGGAUCUUUCGCAGAGUUAGCAUUCACUGCUGUAUUAUCAGUCUACAUACACUCGAGUAUACAUGGCUAUUUCCCCUUCCGCCUGCCUUGAGCGGCAUUCUCAGUUCACUUACAAGACCAAUCCAUAUAACGCUUAGAAUUAAAUCCGACAGAGCAGCAU